AUACCGUAGAAGAAGAAGCGCGGUCACUUGGCGAUCUUCUUUGAGGAAGCGCUUUUGCAAAACGUAAACAAAGUGUUUUGGGUCAUCUCACACCCAAUUUGUCAUUUUUCGUGGAGAAUUUCUGUAAUCAGAAAUAGAGUAGGCUACAACAAAACAACAGGCAUUGCCAGCUGGUGAGACUAUGGAGAAAGAUGACGGUACCAGAGAAGACAACCAGUCACAAGUCAAGAACUCAGUCAGCAUGGAGAAGAACUGCUGCAACGAGGACACUUUCAGGCUUCACAUGGUCACGUGGAAUGUCGCUACAGCUGAUCCUCCAGAUGACAUCAGCUCCUUGCUUCACCUGAACUCCCCAAAGACCCCAGACCUCUACGUGAUUGGUCUCCAGGAGGUGUACGCUGCUCCUCACAGGUUCAUCAUGGACAUGGCCGUUGAGGACUCCUGGAGCCAUCUCUUCAUGUCCAGCCUGGCACCACGAGGCUACCUGAAGGUGUCCUCCAUCCGAAUGCAGGGCCUCCUGCUGCUGUUCUUCUCCAAACUGGCCCACGUUCCAUUCAUUAGAGACAUCCACGACACCUACACGCGCACAGGCAUCUUCGGCUACUGGGGGAAUAAAGGCGGGGUGUCCAUCCGCCUGUCUUUCUAUGGCCACAUGCUCUGCUUCCUCAACUGUCACCUGGCGGCACACAUGCAGUACGCCUCGCAGCGCGUCGACGAGUUCGAGUACAUCCUGGACACGCAGACCUUCGGCCCCAAAAAGGCCCCCCACGUCCUCGACCACAAGCUGGUCUUUUGGUUUGGGGAUUUGAACUUCCGCAUCCAAGAUCACGGCAUGCAUUUUCUGCGCAACUGCAUCACCAGCCAUAAGUUGAACUUGCUGUGGAGCAAAGACCAGCUGACCAUGAUGAAGAAGAAGGAGGCUGUCCUGCAGGAGUUUGACGAGGGACCUCUGGACUUUCAACCGACGUACAAAUUCGACAGGUUCUCUGACCGCUAUGACAGCAGGUCCCGCCGGACAUGGUUUGGUGUUCAUGGUAAGAUGCGUAAGCCGGCUUGGACAGACCGGAUCCUGUGGAGGGUGAAGCCUAAAGAGUCACCCCCAGAGGAGGAGAAGGACGAGGACAGGGACUCUGGUCUAGAUGAGAAGAACACCAAGCAGCAGAAGGAGGAGGAGGAAGAGUUCCCUCUGAAACUCAAGCAGGAUUCGUAUACCAGCAACAUGGAGUACGGCGUCAGCGACCACAAGCCUGUCAUCGGCAUCUUUACCCUGGAGUUGAGGAAGAUGUACGAGACGCCGUUGGUGCGCGUGUGUGCCGAGGGUGAAUGGAGCGCCGACUUUGACGCCAUGGUGAUCUACAGCCCCCUCCAGCCCUUCCCUUCUAGCGCCUGGGACUGGAUCGGCCUCUACAAGGUGGGAUUCAGGAGUGUUUCGGACUACAUUACCUACACCUGGGUGAAGGAUGAUGAGGUCUCGUUUAAUGACGAGCUCACCCAGGUCUAUGUGAGCAAGGAUGAGAUUCCGGUGGUGGGAGGGGAGUGUGUGCUCUGUUACUACUGCAGUACGCUCCAAUGCAUUGUGGGUAUUAGCUCACCCUUUAAGGUACAAGAGUCCAAAGUGGCCGUUGAGGAAGGUCUAGCGCCGGAGAACAUCAACGGCCUUGACAAGGCCACAGCCAGUUAGGACCUGUGAGUGGACCAGACAUGCCCUCGAACACUCUCACACAGUCUGUCCGUCUAUGCUGUUACACACCUGCCCUUUUGACCUUUGGUUGCCUGUCUGCAAGCUGCGGUGCUGCUGGAGUCAUGGAAUGUUACUUAGAAAUGAUAGGCUAGUGCACUUUGAGUUUAAUGAAUCGUACUGUUUAGCUGUCUUGUUCGCCACUGCCAGUUGUGGUGGCAACAGUAACCUGUAUGUUUAUUUCUGUUCUGUUUAGAUGUUGAUUCCGCCUUUUUAAAAUCAUCCGCAGAGAGAUAUUGGCAGUGUCGCUUUGAGAAAGGUUCAGUCUUAGUUUUGUUCAGUGUAUUUUUGUUGUUGUUGGUGUUUGGAUUCAUACAGAACACAUUGGACAUUGUCAGAUGUUCCAGGUAGCUUGUACAAAAGUUGAACAUUGACAUCAAAGUCGUGGCUGUUUCACUUGAACAUUUGACCGAUCAUCUAAUGAUAUCAUAAAUGCAUGAUUAUCUCAUAAUUGUUUUUAAAAUAAUGGUUUAUAUAUUUUUAUUUUCCCCUUGCAAACUUAGUCGUCUGUUAACAAAAACCCUUUGUGCUAUGCUAUUCCACUUCAAGGCAAUUUCUAAUAGAGGAUAUGUUUGAGAAAUACAGUGAGCGCCAUAAUUCAUUGGACAGUGACCAUUUUCUUUGUUAUUUUGGUUCUGUACUCUAGAACUUUGAGUUUGAAAGGAUACAAUGACAAUGAGGAAGUGCAGACUGUCAGCUUUAGUUUGACGCUAUUUUCAUACCUGUCGGAUGAACCGUUUAGAAAUUACCGCACCUUUUGUACAUGGUCCCCACCCCCCCCCCAUUUUACUACAAGUAUUUGUUGAAUUGGCUUCACAGAUGUGUGUCGUUAGGCAGGUGUAUUCAUUUGUGUCGUUUGUGAAUGCAGGAGAGCUGUUGGUGAAGAGUAUUGAUUCUAGACUUUGCUAUUGCCUUUGGAGGUUGUCGUUGGGGUGUGACAACAUGAGGAAGACAGCAGUGUCGACGCAAAUGAGGCUGGCCGUCAUAAGGCUCAGAAAUGAAAAUCAAUCAAUCAGGAACAUUGCAAAAACCCUGGGCAUGCCCAAGUCAACAGUUUGGUUCAUAAUUAACAAGAAUAAAAACAACCGGUGAACUCAAUUAUGUCAAAAGACCCGGUAGAUAGAGGAAGACCACUGUAGUGGGUGACCGGAGAAUACACUCUAUGGUGAAGAGCCCCCCUGAACAGCCCAACAGAUCAGAAACACUCCUGGAUGCAGGUGUAGAUGUGUCAAAGUCUACCAUACAUAGACUACACCAGCAGGACUACAGAGGGUACACUACAAGAUGCAAACCACUGAUAAGCCUGAAGAACAGAAUGGUGAUAUUACAGUUUGCUAAAAAGCACCUAAAAGAGCCCCAAGAGUUCAGGAAAGAAGUUUUGUGCAGAUGAGACAAAGAUUAACAUGUACCAGAGUGAUGGAAAGAGUUUUUAUUUUAUUUUAUUUUUUUUAUUUUUUAUAAAGACCCCCCAAAAAAAGACCCAGAUCCAAAGCAUACCACCUCAUCUGUGAAACAUGGUGGAGGGGGUGUUAUGGUUUGGGCCUGUAUGGCUGCCAGUGGAACAGGCUCACUUGUCUUCAUCAAUGAUGUGACUGCAGACAGAAGUAGAACAAUGGAUUCUGAGGUCUACAGAAAUAUUUUAUCUGCUCAGAUAAAAGCAAAUGCCUCCAAACUCAUUGGACGGCACUUCAUCAUGCAACAAGACAAUGACCCUGAACAUACUGCUAGAGCAACGAAGGGGUUAUUGAUGGCCAAAAAGUGGAAAAUCCUUGACUGGCUGAGUCAAUCACCGGAUCUGAAUCCAAUUGAACAUGCAUUUUACAUGCUGAAGAGGAGACCGAAGGCAAUAAGUCCCCGAAACAAGCUGGAACUGAAGAUGGCUGCAGUACAGGCCUGGCAGAGCAUCACCAGGGAAGAUACCCAGCGUCUGGUGACGUCGACACAUCAGACUUCAAGCAGUCAUUGCAUGCAUAGGAUAUGCGACCAUAUAUUAACAACGAUGACUUUAUUCGACAUUAUGUUAAACUGUCCAAUGUUUUUGAUGCCUGAAAAUGGUGGGGACUAUGUAUUAAAGCUUCUAUCAUUUCUAAACGGUUCAUCCGAUAUGUAUGAAAAUACCCUCAAAUUAAAGCUGACAGUCUGCACUUCAGCCUCAUUGUCUGGUAUCCUUUCAAACUCAAAGUGCUGGAGUACAGAACCAAAAAUACAAAACAAUGGUCACUGUCCAAUGAUUUAUGGUGUUCAAUGUAUAUUGCACAAUUUGAUCUUGUUCAUAUUCAUGACCAUGCCCUUUUUAUAGAUGUGCGUAACGGUUACUGGUUUAUGCAUAUUAUUAAGGUAAUUUUGGUUCUAGUCAGUGUGAUUGGGGAUGAAAAGUUAUUUACGAAAAAGUGGAUUCAACAAGUGCCUCAAUGUUAACAACCUGUAGAUAACUGUUCAACGGAUGCUUUGGUACAAAACUAUGUCAUUCCUAUUUGAUUAUUUAUUGCUGCAUUUGAAGUGUAUGAAUAAUCAGUGUUCUUAUUCUUAAAACAUAUGCAGGUCUUGCUUGUACUGUACGCGUCAACAUUUCAUCUGUAGAACUUCUUGUACUUUUCUGCCACCAAUUUCAGCAUAAGCGAGGUCUGUUCAAAUGUAUUUUAUUAAUGUCUUUAAACGCUUGUACAUUUACUUGUAAAGAUUGUUCAGUAUAUUGAAAAUCAGGAGUGAUCUAUUUUCUCAGUAACAAAUGUGGUAAAUGAAUGAAUACAAAUGUUAUACUGUAACCCAUUUUAAGGCUUAAAUGAAGUAAAACAUCUAAAUGAUGA